AUGACCCUCAAGAUUGCCAUCAUCGGCGCAUCGCUUGCUUCGUCUUGGCCCAGACCUCCCCCUUCACUUCGAGAACGCCUGACCAUCCCGGACGUGAAGAGGAUCGCACCCGAGUUCUACAAACUUGUAAAUGGAGGAAGUGUGUUUUCAAUAUCGGACGGCAAGGCUCUGAACGGACGGCAGCUAGGCGAUGGCAGUAUCAAUGCCUCAUACUAUGGUUACCACGAGGAGGAUUUCACCCAGACACGUGGCUUCGACACAAGAGACCCUUCAUCAGCGAAGAACGCGUUCCGAGAGGCAUUGCAUGAUUGCAGGCUUCUAGCGGCGUACAAAAAGGGCGUAACACUUCUAGGUGACGCAGCACAUCUCAUGACUCCAUUUUCCGGGAUCGGUGUCAACACGGAAUUCUACUAUGCAAUGCUUCUCACUCAACCCAUCUUCGACUCUGCCAAGCAAACAGAACCUAAACAUCUAGAUACAAGAAUCAUUACGUAUGAAGAAAAUCUUUGGGGAAAUGCUAAAAACGGAGCUGAGUGGACGUAG